AUUAUGUACACAGUGAUGUUUUCCUAGACCCUUUGAGCUUAAAAGAGAGAUUCAUCUGCCUGCGUACACACACAAGCCACGAUGGAGAGAGUCGUGGUGCUAAUGGCCCUGCUUGGGCUGCUGCUGGCCUCGGCCACCACACUGGCAGACAAGGACGACUGGGACAUCUACAGCUUUCACAUCAACUCAACAGUGUCCAGUCGUUAUGCAACCACGGUCAUCACAAGCCGCGUGGCCAAUCGCAUGAACGACUCAAAGGAAAUAGAAUUUCAUGUCCGGAUUCCCAAGAACGCCUUCAUCAGUAAAUUCAGAAUGCUCAUAGACGGACAAUUUUACGACGGCGUUGUGAAAGGCAAAGAGAAAGCGCAGCAGCAGUACACUGAAGCUGUGUCCCGUGGCCAAAGUGCCGGGCUCGUCAGUUCUGUUGGAAGGACAAUGGAGGAAUUCAAGACCUCUGUGACAUUGGCUGCUCACAAAAAGGUCACCUUUGAACUCACAUACGAGGAGCUGCUUAAACGGAGGCUCGGCAAGUACGAGCUGCAGAUCCACGCUCGACCCAUGCAGCCUGUCAAAGACUUCAAGGUUGAUGUGUACAUUAAUGAGAAAGCAGGCAUUAAUUUCAUGGAGGUCAAGGGAGGACUAAACACCAAAGCGCUGGCUAAUGCCAUCACCAGAACACAUGUGGACAAACAGGCGUGGGUGUAUUUCUACCCGACAGAGGACCAACAGAAAACAUGUGACAUCUGUGGAGAGCAGGGCCUGAAUGGAGAUCUGGUUAUUGCUUAUGAUGUCAACAGGAACCCGUCGCUGGGCGACAUCAAGAAAUCAGGUCGCUACUUUGUUCAUCACUUUGCGCCAUCGAAUCUUGCCAGCAUACCAAAAAAUGUUGUCUUCGUUAUCGACCAAAGUGGCUCAAUGCACGGCAAGAAAAUGCACCAGACACGGAUAGCUUUGAUCCACAUCUUGAGUGACCUGGCGGAGGAGGACCACUUCGGUCUCAUCACUUUUGACAGCCAAGUUUUUCACUGGAAACGAGAACUUGUGCAGGCGACCAAGGGAAAUCUGGAGAGUGCCAAGACAUUCGCACGUCAAAUUGUCGAAAGAGGAUCCACCGACAUUAGCAGAGCCGUGUUGGAGGGAACACGUAUGCUGAAUGCACAUCCCAGAGAAGGUUCAGCGUCUCUCCUCAUACUUCUCACGGAUGGAGACCCUACCUCAGGAGAGACAAAUCCUGAGGUCAUCCAGUCAAAUGUCAGACGUGCCAUCGCGGGCAAAUUUCCUCUCUACUGCCUCGGUUUUGGUUUUGAUGUUAAUUUCGAGUUCCUGGAGAAGAUGUCGCUGCAGAACAACGGUGUAGCACGGCGGAUCUAUGAAGACUCUGACGCUGAUUUGCAGCUGACGUGUCCAUACUGUAUAUCACAGGGUUUCUAUAACGAGGUGGCCACUCCUCUGCUGACGGAUGUGACAAUGAUCUACAAUGGUGGGGCCAAUCUUACAGAGACUAACUUCAGCCGAUAUUAUAACGGCUCUGAGAUUGUUGUGGCCGGUCAGAUCACCAACAACGACAUCGAGACCUUCACUCCACAAGUUAUUGCCAUUUCAUGCAACAAAAGGGUGACGUUUUCUGACAUAAAUGCUACGGUGGAGUCGAUGGAAGAAGCGUCUGACAGCUCCAUCCAAAGGGUUUGGGCCUAUCUCACAGUCAAACAGCUUCUGGAGAAAGAGCUGGUGUUAUCUGGACCUGAGAAGGAGAACGCGAAGAAAGAGGCCUUGGACCUGUCGCUGAAGUACAGCUUUGUAACCCCACUUACGUCAAUGGUGGUCACAAAGCCGCAGGGGGAAAACACAGAUGUGCUCCAUAAACCCAGGGAAGGGAAAAAUAAAGAGGGUAAAAGACAGAGAACUCAAAGUACCGUUUUUUCUACUUCACUAAUUGUUAUGCAUGGAUAUCCCGGUCCACCAAUACAGACAAUGAUGAAUUCCCAACAAGACGACGUUGACUACGAUGAUUUUGAACAUCAUGCUUUAUUGGUCUCUGCAGCAGAUUUGCCUUAUUAUGACAGCAUCAACAUACAACCCACUAUCGUAUCACCGAGGGCUACUGACGCUCCACUUUCUCACAGAUUUUUGCAAAAAACUGAAAAUCUGUCUCUUCCUCUGUGCUUUGAUGUCACUGGAAAUGUUCAGCUUAAACUACUUCACCAUCCCAGCGGGGAGCUGUUUGUGAAUGGUCAGCUUGAUUCAGUAGCGAAUGGAGGCUUUAGAAGGAUUAACAUUCUCUUGAAGACUGACCUGCGGGUUGAGAUUGACACUGAAAAAGUCCUUCUGAUAGAAGGACAGAGAAUUUCCGGCCUUGAUCGAUACAUUUCCAUCACAGUUGGAAGUUUGACAUUGUUUAGCCGGGAGAAGGAAAUAGACGUUGCUGUUGGAGACACACGCAUGGUCAUCUUAAUUCAUAAGGAGAAUGGCAAAGACUUCCUCUGGCCGAUUUUGAGACAGCGGCCGUUGGAUGACAACGUUUCAGGAAUUUUAGCUCUAAAACCAGCAGUUUACGAGGACGUGCAACAAAGUCCCUCAACAAGACUUAAGAUCAAAGGCCAGGACUAUGAUGCUACCAGGGCCAGUGCUGUUGACUACAGUAUCAACCCUUCACCCACAGAAGACUGCUGGCUCAUGUCUGCUGAGUCUGCCCUGCAGAGAAGCCUGGAGGAUUUCAUUGUCACAUAAAUUUAAUUGGGAACAAUGUUGAAUCACAUUUAAAGAUUUCAUUUGAAAUAAAAAUGAGUCAAUCACAAA